GCGAGAUGAUUACGCUAAUUGGGCGGCCCAAAAUCCUGAAUACAAAAUUUGGGAUUACGAUCAAUGUCUUGAAGUCGUCGAAAACUAUGCUCGUAAAAACCCGGACGAAGAAUUUAAAAAGUAUCAUGGUUUUAAUGGUCUACUUCAUUAUAAGACAGUCCAAACGAUAUUAAUGAGAUUGCAAAAGAUUUCGUUAAGACCACAACAAAAAUGGAAAUUCUGUUCGCUUGCUGACAGAUAUUUGACAGAUGCAUUAAAAACUGUUGAAACAUACCCUCCAUUAUUACCAUUAAGUCCUUGGCCAGUGACGUUGCAAAAUUGUCAAAUCUUGCUGCUCACAUAUUGA